GCACUGGUGGGUGGCACUGGUGGACAGCACUGGUGGACAGCACUGGUGGGUGGGCACAGGUGGGUGGCACUGCUGGGCACAGGUGGGUACACUGCUGGGCACAGGUGGGUGAUCUGCUGGGCACAGGUAGGCGGAGCUAGUGGGCGCACUGCUGGGCACAGGUGGGUGGAACUUGCGGGUGGCACUGCUGGGCACCGAUCAUCAGGGCACUGAUCAUCAGUGCCCUGAUGAUCGGUGUGCCGAUCCCCGCUCUGACAACUGCCGGUUCUCGGCAGUACUUUCCUCACGAUCUGACAGCGUGAGGAAAGUGCAGCCGAGAACCGGCACUUGCAU